AUGUCCGGUGCUACCGAUUUCCACGAGGACGAGCUCCGCCCUGAGACCACUGCCGGUUUCAAGGUUGGAGAGAAGAAAACUUUGGAGGAAUACCAACAGCUCGACCAAAACGAUGAGAGCUUGAGAAAGUGGAAGGAGAGCUUGGGCAUCGGCUCAGGAACCACCAUCGGCGACGCUAGCGACCCACGCAAGGUCAUCAUCGUUUCCCUCGGACUCGAGGUCGAGGGCCGUCCCGACAUCAUCAUCGAUCUGUCUUCUCCCGGUGCUCUCGAAUCGCUGAAGUCUAAGCCUUUCACCAUCAAGGAAGGAGCUACUUUCCGCAUGAAGGCCCGUUUCAGAGUUCAGCACCAGAUCCUUUCUGGUAUGAAGUACGUUCAGGUCGUCAAGCGCAUGGGCAUCUCGAACAAGAUGCAGGAGAUGAUUGGUUCUUACUCUCCCAACACCACCGACAAGCCCGAAUACGAGAAGAAGUUCGAGGCAGAGACCGCACCCUCUGGCAUGAUGGCUCGUGGUCACUACAACGCCGUGUCCAAGUUCAUCGAUGACGACGAGCAGACUCACUUGAAGUUUGAGUGGUCCUUCGACAUCAAGAAGGACUGGUAA